GUGCGUGGGUAUGUUGGAGCGCGCUUGUCGCGGGUACGCGCGCUCCAGUGGAGCUCUCAGCUAGACAUGGCGGCGGAUCCAAAGCCGGACUGGCUCUGCUGUCUUCAAUCUUCUUGGAGUUAUGGAGUGACUCGGGAUGGACGCAUAUUCUUCAUUAACGAAGAAGCAAAGAGUACAACCUGGCUGCAUCCUGUUACUGGAGAGGCUGUGAUCACAGGCCACAGGAAAACUCCAGAUUUACCAACAGGAUGGGAGGAAGGAUACACAUUUGAGGGCGCUCGCUGCUUCAUCAACCACAAUGAAAGAAAAGUGACCUGCAAGCACCCAGUAUCGGGCAUCCCAUCACAAGACAACUGCAUCUUUGUUGUAAAUGAACAUCUGAAUAUAGGAAAGUUUGUUCACCAUUACACUGAAAGAUUCAUCAGACCAGCUCCAAAGGCUUCAGCAGAGCAAGAAAGCAGCACUGACAAUAAAGAGCGUCCCAUGAGCAUCAUGAGUGAAGCCUCUAACUAUACUGGUGGCUCAGAUUACAGCACCUUCCCUGGCAGCCCAGCUGCCACUGUCACUACUGUCACCACCACCUCAUCUACGAGGCCUUCUAGGUCAUCCAAAAAAGUCCACAAUUUCGGCAAGAGAUCCAAUUCCAUCAAGCGGAACCUUAAUGCCCCUGUGGUCAAGAGAAACUGGCUUUAUAAACAGGACAGCACAGGCAUGAAGCUGUGGAAAAAGAGGUGGUUUGUGCUGUCUGACAUGUGCCUCUUCUACUACCGUGAUGAAAAGGAGGACAGCAUCCUGGGAAGUAUCCUGCUGCCCAGUUUUCACAUUUCCAUGCUGUCUGUGGACGAUCACAUCAGUAAGAAAUAUGCCUUCAAGGCCACUCACCCCAACAUGCGGACAUAUUACUUCUGCACAGACACUUCAAAGGAGAUGGAGUCCUGGAUGAAAGUCAUGACAGACGCUGCACUCGUCCACACUGAGCCGGUCAAAAAGCUAGACAAGCUGAACGUGGAACAACAGACACCUCAGCAAUGGAACAACUUGUUGAACCACACUGCCCUUACACAGCCUGAGAUCCAGAACAACGAACGGAACAGAGAACCUGUACGACAACAUUCACUUUCACGGGCCGAUGAAAAACGCUUGAAAGACAUUGAAAAACAGAAUAGUCAGAAGGAGAGAGAGUAUUACACCCUACAGAGAGAUGGAGAAAAGUACUCAGUAAAGAAAGAUGGAGUUAGCUACAUGCUUCAGAAGGACGGAGAUAGAUAUCUACUUCACAAAGACGGAGAGCGAUACCUGCUGCGAAAGGAUGGGGAGAAAUUCUCACUGCAGAAAGAUGUGGAGAAUUAUGCUGUUCAAAAAGUGAGUAAUAAAUAUACACCAACGGAGGAUAAAUAUGCUUCUUCCAAAGAUGGUGAAAAGUUUCUACUUACGAAAGACGGAGAAAAGUAUGCUCUGCAGAAAGUUGGAGACAGACACAUGCUCCAGAAAGAUGGGCAAAUUUAUGUUCAUCAGAAGGAAGUAAAGAGACAGUUAUCAUUAAAGGAAACAGAAAGAUACAGCGCCAUGAGAGACACCGGAAACAAAUAUGGUACCAUAAAAAUUGUGGAUAAAUACGGCAAUCUAAAGGAAGUAAGGAAGUACAGCACACUACGAGAGGGGAAUAAAUAUGCUGCUGUUACAGACACAGAGAAGUAUGCUACAAUUCGUGCUGGGGAAAAGUACUACUUCCAGAGAAAUCCAAGUUCAGAGAGGCCUUUAAAUAAUAUCAACAGCAUUAAGCUUCAGCCUGCUCAGGCAGCUGCCAUUGCAGCUGCAGUGUCAGUAUCGCGCCAGAACCAGGCAAAUGUCAACGUCCAAAAACCUCUGCAAGUUAACAGGCCUGGAGAACAGCCUGGGGACUGCGGUCAGACAAAAGCAGAGAAGACUGUGGCCAGGGUUCCUCUGCAGGCCACAGCUCCAGUUCAUGAGCCAGACUUUGGAAUACCCAGCGCCAGUUCCAUGCAACACGUGGAGCCGAGGGUUCCAGUUCACCGAACAAGAGAACUGGAUGAUGACACACGAAGUGUUAUGUCAUACCAGACAUUGCCCAGGAACAUGCCUAGCCACAGGACACAGAUCGUCCCCAGCUUCCCAGAAGGUUACCGCACACUGCCCCGCAACAGCAUGAUGAGGCCUGAUAGCAUCUGCAGCGUAGCAGGCUCUGUUUACGAUCGGGCCCUCCGGCCAGUCUCCUCCACUACUGACACAGCGGAAAAGAGGCGAUCAAUGAGAGACGACACCAUGUGGCAGCUGUACGAGUGGCAGCAGAGGCAGGCCUUCUCCAGGCAGAGCUUGGCACAACCAGCAGCUGUGGGUCAGUACGGCACCCUGCCCAGCACAAAGACCAUGGGAAACAUCUCUGAGCAUGCUGUGGCACGCUCCAUCUCCACCUCCCCGUCUCAUGGCUCCCUGGCGCUCUACAGCAGUUUUCCCUCCCCUCACCAGCAGGCUGCUCCUAACCCAAGCAGCUCACUCUCUGAGGUGUCCUCACCUGUCCUCAGGGGGGAUGGGACGUUGGAUCGCCGGCAAAGGUCUCACCUCAGCAAAUAUGGAUGUCCAUCAGACCGACGGUCUGUGGCAGCCUGUGUCUCUCCUGAAACCAUCACACCACAGUCUCUGCAGGGGAAGACGCCUGAGGAGCUGACACUGCUGCUCAUCAAGCUCCGCCGGCAGCAGGCAGAAAUCAACAGCCUGCGGGAACAUACAGUAGCUCAGCUAAUGGCCCUGGGAAUAGAAGGGCCCAACCCCAAGACUGAUGUUCUGUCCCACCAUCUUCAGAGGAACCUUACUUACCUGGACAAGCAGACGAAGGAGAAUGAGCCUCUUAUCUUCAUGAUUCACACUAUGAUUGAGAACUCGGCACCAAGGCCGCAACUCUACCAGCAAAUCAAUCCAGAAGAUUUUAAAGACAGCUCUUUAAACCAGUGCAUUGAUGAAGCUGAUGUAGAGACCAAGCUGAGCAGACUGUGUGAGAAGGACAAGGUGCUGAGGAUGCAGGAAGAGAAGCUGCAGCAGCUGCACAGGGAAAAGCACACUCUGGAGACGGUGCUGCUGUCAGCCAGUCAGGAGCUGGGUGAGCAGAGCGGCUCCAACACGGCGGCCAUGCAGAGCCUGGUCCAACAAAGAGAUGUUCUGCAGAGUGGCUUGCUCAGCACCUGCAGGGAGCUGUCCAGAGUCACGGCUGAGUUGGAGCGAUCGUUGAAGGAGUAUGAGCAGCUGGAGGCCGACGUAACUCUGGCCAGGACCAAACUGCUGGAGCAGCUGGAGGCCCUGGGCAGCCCACAAACAGAACCUCCAAGUCAGCGGCACAUCCAGAUCCAGAAGGAGCUUUGGAGGAUCCAGGAUGUGAUGGAGGCUCUGUCUAAAACUAAACCUCAGCAGAGAACAGAGUGUGGUUUUCCUGGUUCAACACCUCUUUCCAGUCAGCAGAAAAAUGAGGCAGUGCCACCCAGCCCACUUAAAGAGGGCACCAGGGUGCCCGCUCGCCCGCCCCUCCCUCAGUGCUAUGACUCAGAGUGCAUCCCUCACACACUCCCCCACCACUCACAACCUGGCAGCCGACCCCUCCACGCUCACCGCCCUGAAGAGCGCAAGGCCAGCUCCAGGAAUGGAGCACACAGCCAAGCUCCAGACUACCGGCUGUAUAAGAGCGAGCCUGAACUCACAACUGUGAAGGAGGAAGGAGACGAGGCCAAUGGUGAUGAUAAGGACAAGACUGAGAUGUCUACUGAAAGUAAAGACACCCCACCAUCCAAAGUGCCCCCCUACCCAGUGGGCAUUGUUGCUCCCAGGACUAAAUCUCCCAUGAGCCCCCCUGAGUCUUCCACUAUCGCCUCCUAUGUCACCCUGAGGAAAACCAAAAAACCUGAAUCUAGAUGUGAUCGUCCAAGGAGUGCAGUGGAUCAGAUGGGAUUUGGGGAGCGAGAUUUCAUCAGAACAAGGAUGAGUGUUGAGGAGCAGCUGGAGAGAAUGAGGAGAAACCAGGAGGCGUCUUCACUCCGAGAGAAGAGAAGAGAAACACUGUCGCACUCAUCUUCUUUCAACAAAGACAACCCCCUCCUCCACUUGCAGCGUCGGAUGCAGACAGAAGUGGCCUGUUUGAACUCUGUGGAGCUUGAGACAGCGUUGCUGCAACUAAAGGUUGCUCAUAAGGAACAGACUGAAGCAACAUCAGGAGCUAACACUGUAGAUGGGCCACCAAUCUCACCACAGGAAGUAAAGAGAACUGAUCAUGUGAAAGAUUCCCAGCAUGAAGAGGUGCAGCAGGAAAAGGCCACGAACCUGCUGAUCAGAAACCAGCCACCAGCAGAUGAGCUGUGUGAGAGCCAGAGGGUGAUCAUUGUGGACCUCGGCACAGAUCCAAAGCGUGUGGAGAUCGUAAACUUUCAACCCUUUGAGGAUGAUGAGAGCAAAGGUCGAGAUCUGAAGAGCUCUCCUACAAACACCUUAACUGAAAACAGUUUUCAGCCAUCAAGCCCUGAGCCUAAGGAACAGGAAACAGAGGAGAGCCUAACUCCAAGCCAGGAGGAGCAGCUUGAUUCAUGCAAACAGCUGCCUGGAGACAGCAAGACGCACAACAGCAACAUGUUGUCUGUGCCGACGUUUACCUUGGUUAGCAGCGACACGUGAGCAUGGUCAGCCUCCGUGUCCAGAACAACAUCCCAUAAAGCCCAAAUGUAGCCAACCAGCACAGAGCAUGUUUCCACGGCUUUCUGUGUUCCUGACAGAACCACUUAGAGACUACAGCUACAUGCCUGCACAGAGAUCAACACUCCGUAGUAGCAAUCAAUGGCUGGUGGGAAGUCUUUGGAUCCUGGCACAGACAGAGCUCGUUAUUCCUUAGGACCUUUUAGACAUUUUUCAAACUGAGAAGCUCCUUUUAUCCCCUAAACAUGUUUGUAUAAAAAAGAUUGCGAACUGGUUAUAGAUUAUGUUUUUACCAAUGGGCAAACCCUGAGAAGGAUCAAAAGGAAAAAGAGUCUUAUUUCAGUGACUCAAUUCAGUAAAUAAAACAUAUAUCAGUUAAAUAAUCACAUCUUGUUUUUUUAGACUUUAUUUUUGUUAAUUAUAAGUUUUUGCUUAGAUCUAAAGAAAACAACAUUUAAGUUUAGAAUAUGUCAUACACAUGGCUUAAUCAAAAGUAUGUUUAAUCCCUGUCUGAAGGAUGUUGUUUUCAAAGUUUCCUUUUAAUCUGACAAACAAGCCCUGGCUUGUUUGUCAGAUUAAAAGUAAACUUUGUGGGGUUUCUGCUGAAAACAGUCAAGGUUCUUUACUGAUAUCCUCAAGGGCAGAUCUACAUGUUAGACUAAUCGAACAUGUUUGAUUAGUCAGUUAGGACCACUGCUGGCAACCUUGAGCUUUUCUUAUCAGACACCUUCACUGUUUCUGUCCAUUAAUUAACAUUUGCUAUGUUUUCUAGAAGACUGCUAGAAAACAUGGCAAAUUAAACAUAUAAAGAAGAUUUCUGAUUCAUGAAUCAUUUUCAGACAUGUUUAAAUUGCUUGUUUGAAAUUGAAGAAAUGAUGACAGCUCACUGGCAUCUUUCAUUAAGGGGAAACAACAGAGAAAUAAGGAUUGUUUUGGAUUUAGCGCCAUCCAUCCUCCCAUUAACUCUGAUCAGCUUCCCUUUCCCUGCUGAAGCAUAGAUUAUGUUCUGGAUUUUACUGAGAGGGAUCAGAGUAAGGGGACUGAACCCAAAGCACUUCUAACAUUUUAAAAACAUGUUUUUUGUUUGUUUGUUUGUUUGUUUGUUUUUCUUUUGAGAAAUAAUAAUUUCCAAAUACAUCACAAUUAUGCAGACCUUUGUAUUGGUCCACUGAAGUUUGUGGACAAAUGUUAAAGGGUUAUGAGUACUGUCACAUGGCUCUUCCAAAGUUUCAAAAACCAAAUGGCCUACGGGUGAGACUAUGUCUCACUUUACAGUGAACUGAAUGACGACAUACUGUUUUACAUUUUGUGUCAUCAUCCAAUCUUCAAUCUGAUUAAAAAUAUUUGAUUGAUGCCGUUGGAAAGCCAUAGCAUCAGGUCAAAGACAAAUCCUAGUGGCCCCCAGCUUUCCUUGACAGUAACGGUUCCCUCAAACCUUUGUAUUACCUACACCUGCUUCUUCUAGGUGUAGCACCAGGUGAGAAAACUGAAAUGGUCUGUGUGGCAAAAAUCCAAAGCAAAUACAAGUUGAGUCCCAGACAGAUGGAAUCUUCUGCGCUGUCCUAGCCUGGCCUUGGACCUCGCCUAGUCCUCGCCUUCCUGCACUAUUCCACUCCAUUCAAAUCUCACUUCAAAGCUCAGUCUGGGCUUUCUCCCAUUGACUUUGAUUCCCUCUGGUAGAAUUUCUACUAGCCCAAUCAGUAAAAAGAAAGUUUUAAGGAUAACAUUGAUUUCCUUGGUAACACUUUAUUUGACUGGAUGUGAAUAAGACUGUCAUGACAUUGUCAUAAACAUGACGUAACACCUGUCAUGUACAUGAGUAUUGAAUAUUUAUGACUGUUGUCAUAAAGUGUCAUUUGGUAAAUCAUGACACUUUUAAUGCAAAGUUGACAUUAUUCAAAAUAUCUUUGUUAUGACAACUUGACAUUAACCAAGAAAUCAUGAUCUGACAUAAAUUUGUUAUAAAAGUAUUACUGAUUAAACUUUAGCUUUAAUAACAUAAAGCUAUAUUAUUUUUAAAGUUUGAUCAGUAAUCAUGAUCAUAACAAAUUUAUGUGAUCAUGAUUUUUUGUCAUAACAAAGAUAUUUUGAAUAAAAGUGCAUUAAAAGUGUCAUGAUUUACCAAAUGACACUUUAUGGCAACAGUCAUAAAUAUUCAUGAAGACUUACUAAUGUUCAUGACAGGUGUUACGUCAUGUUUAUGACAAUGUCAUGACAGUCUUAUUCACACCCAGUCAAAUAAAGUGUUACGAUUUUCUGUUCUGUUUUCAAAUUGUAGUCUUCCUGUAGUUUCAGCAAUGGCAGUGAAGGAAGUGAACAAACCGUUCAGACCAUGUCGGCAGCUUUGCCACAUAUUGAAUUAACUUUAACAGCCAUUUAAUCAUAUCAGCUCUCUUCACUGUGGAGGAUGGUUGUUUACAGAGCAGGCAAUUUCCAGUAAGAUUCUUAGUGUCAAACUGGCACAUUUUAUACAAACGUUUAAAACCUCAGAGCAAAACCAGGAAGCAGACCUUCUGGAUGAAGCAAACUUUAGAACAAGAAGCAGGCUAUCACUGCCCCAAUAGAAACUCACAUUUUAGAAUGAGAAGCAAAAAUGCUAAAUGUCUCAACUAAGUCUUUUCUGUAAUUGUUUCUCAAAAAGGCCCCAGGCAAACACUUCUGGCCAAUUUAAGGCCACUGUACAAUCGGAGCUGCUGAAUAUGUGCAAACCAUUUCACAGUACUGACACAAUGUGGAGCUUGUUUCUGGGGUCAUUAGAAUUUUGUUGCUAAACACAUAGACGUUAAAGUACAGAGCUAUUAAUCUGAAUAAGAAAUAGCGUGAUAAUCCUUGCCAUGUCUGCUGUUAAUGAGCUGCUGAAGGCGAGUGUACAUCCAUUUGCCUUCAAACACAUGUAGUGCUUAACAUCAACCCCAAGUGACCACUAAAGUGUACUGAUUUUAAACUCAUUUUGAUUUCUGUCUUGUUUAAGGCUAAAGACUUCCUGUUUUCAUAAAAAUACCACUUGUCCUUUGACAUAUAUGCAGAUAAAGUAUAUCAUAAAUAUAUACAAACACAGGCAAUUUUUCUUCAAAAUGGUGCCACUUCAUGCUGCUGUUUUUCUCUUCUUUUGUAGAGAACUAACUCUUUUUGAAAUAUUUAUUUGGAUUGGGUGAUUUAAGUCUUGGUUGGGCAUGCAAAGUAUUAGAAUGCUUCAGAAUUUUGUCUGUUUUUGCAGCUUUUGUCUUCUGUUGUCCUCUCUGUUUGCUUAAGUAGCAAACAUGAAAUAAAGAGUUUGUGAUUCUGUCCUAGAUGGUGACACAUAGGAGAAUAGCACACGUAUGAAGCAAUAAGGCAGACUUUGGCGCUUCAGGACGAAUAAAUUUAAGACAUGUAUAAACUGUAAAACUAAUUCUAAAAAGAAGCAUAAUUUAUCUACAACCUGAAAAAGAGUGAAUAUUAAAGACAUUGUUAUUAUAAGGGUCAAUAUGCAAAAGGUUCAUACCCCAUCUGUUUUAUAUCAUGUGAAAUAAAUGUUGAUGUUCCUAAAGUUGUUCAGUCUAUUUUCUUUAAUGGAUGAUCAUUUCUCUGGUGCAUUCAGUUGAUAUACAGUUCUAAAUAUAAAAUGGACUUUCCUCACCAUGGGAUGUCUUACUUGUUUUAUUUUAUUUUUGUUUUUGGGAAGGCAAGUCAGGGAGAAAAAUGUUGCUGUCAGACAAUUGCUAUUACACAGAGUGUAGUUGUCACGCUCCCUUUUUCUCCAUGGAGCUUUAAGGUUGUAAAGACACUAAGUUCAAUGUUUGAAAGCCUGUUCACUAUUCGGUUCAAAUAUGUUCUGUUACCCAUAAAUGUCACUUUGAUUAUUCUAAUAAUGUGCAUGUAAGCCACAUUAAAGGACUGAUAACACUU